AUGAGCUUCCAGUCCCAGGGUCUCAACUACCAACAUCCCAUCUCUGACUACUCGUCCAAGCCUCAGUCCAAGCUCCUGGGCUACCAGUCCCAGGGUCUGAACUACCAACACAAGUUCCCGGGCUACCUGUCCAAGCCCGAUCCCCCGCAGCCCCAGUUCCCCGGCUACCCGUCCAAGCCCGGGAACUGGUCCAAGCCCGAUCCCCUGCAGCCCCAGUUCCAGGGCCGCCCGCCCCAGACCCCGCAGCCUCAGUUCCGGGGCCACCCGCCCCAGACCCCGCAGCCCCAGUACCGAGGCCACCCACCCCAGACCCCGCAGCCCCAAUUCCGGGGCCACCCAUCCAAGACCCAGCCCCAGGUCCUGCAGACCGAGUUUCCUGGAUACCCGUCCAAGCCCCAGCCCCUGCCCAAGCCCCAGGUCCUCCAGACAGAGUUCCCUGGCUACCCGUCCAAGCCCCAGCCCCUGCCCAAGCCCCAGGUCCUCCAGACAGAGUUCCCUGGCUACCCGUCCAAGCCCCAGCCCCUGCCCAAGCCCCAGGUCCUCCAGACAGAGUUCCCUGGCUACCCGCCCAAGCCCCACACCCAGGUUCUGCUGCACCAGUACCCUGGCGACCCGCCCCCGCAGCCGGGCUACCCGUCCCGGCCCCAGGUCCCGCAGCUGGUCUACCCGUCCCUGCCCCAGCAUCAGAUCCCGCAGCCCCAGUACCCGGGCUACCCGUCCCGGCCCCAGGUCCCGCAGCCCCAGUACCCGGGCUACCCAUCCCAGUACCCGGGUUUCCUGGCCCGGCCCCAGCCCCAGGUCCCGCAGCCCCAGUACCCGGGCUACACAGCCCGGCCCCAGGUCCCGCAGCCCCAGUACCCGGGCUACCCGUCUCGGCCCCUGUCCCAGUUCCCGGGCUACCCGCCCAAGCUCCAGCCCCAGGUCCCGCAUCCCCAGUUCCCGGGCUACCCGCCCCAGCCCCAGGUCCCGCAGUUCCCGGAGUUCCAGGGCUACCCGCCACAGGUCCUGCAGACCGAUUUCCCUGGCUACCCGUCCAAGCCCCAGGUCCCGCAGACCCAUUUCCCUGGCUACCCGUCCAAGCCCCAGAUCCCGGUCCCGCAGACCCAUUUCCCUGGCUACCCGUCCAAGCCCCAGGUCCCGGUCCCGCAGACCCAUUUCCCUGGCUACCCGUCCAAGCCCCAGGUCCCGGUCCCGCAGACCCAUUUCCCUGGUUACCCGUCCAAGCCCCAGGUCCCGGUCCCGCAGACUCAUUUCCCUGGCUACCCGUCCAAGCCCCAGGUCCCGGUCCCGCAGACUCAUUUCCCUGGCUACCCGUCCAAGCCCCAGGUCCCGGUCCCGCAGACCCAUUUCCCUGGCUACCCGUCCAAGCCCCAGGUCCCGGUCCCGCAGACCCAUUUCCCUGGCUACCUGUCCAAGCCCCAGAUCCCGGUCCCGCAGACCCAUUUCCCUGGCUACCCGUCCAAGCCCCAGAUCCCGGUCCCGCAGACCCAUUUCCCUGGCUACCCGUCCAAGCCCCAGGUCCCGGUCCCGCAGACCCAUUUCCCUGGCUUCCCGUCCAAGCCCCAGAUCCCGGUCCCGCAGACCCAUUUCCCUGGCUACCCGUCCAAGCCCCAGAUCCCAGUCCCGCAGACCCAUUUCCCUGGCUACCUGUCCAAGCCCCAGAUCCCGGUCCCGCAGACCCAUUUCCCUGGCUACCCGUCCAACCCCCAGGUCCCGGUCCCGCAGACCCAUUUCCCUGGCUACCCGUCCAACCCCCAGGUCCCGGUCCCGCAGACCCAUUUCCCUCCCUACCCGUCCAAGCCCCAGGUCCCGGUCCCGCAGACUCAUUUCCCUGUUUACCCGUCCAAGCCCCAGGUCCCGGUCCCGCAGACCCAUUUCCCUCCCUACCCGUCCAAGCCCCAGGUCCCGGUCCCGCAGACUCAUUUCCCUGUUUACCCGUCUAAGCCCCAGGUCCCGGUCCCGCAGACCCAUUUCCCUGGCUACACGUCCAAGCCCCAUUUCCCCCAGCCCCAGUUCCCCCAGCCCCAGGUCCCGCAGCCCCAGUUCCCUGGCUACCCCCCCCAGCCCCAAUUCCCUGGCUACCCGUCCAAAAUGCCGGGCUACCCAUCUAAGCCCCAUCCCCAGGUCCCGCAGACCGACUUCCCUGGCUACCCGUCCAAGCCCCAUGUCCCGGUCCCACAGACUAAUUUCCCUGGAUAUCCGUACAAGCCCCAGAUCCCUGUCCCGCAGACCCAUUUACCUGGCUACCCAUCCAAGCCCCAGGUCCCACAGACUCAUUUCCUUGACUACCCAUCCAAGCCCCAGGUCCCACAGGCUCAUUUCCUUGACUACCCGUCCAAGCCCCAGCCUCAGGUACCACAGCUCCAGAUCCCUGGCUACUCGUCCCAGGUCCCGCAACCCCAGUUCCCUGGCUACCCAUCCAAGUCACAGCCCCAGGUGCCGCAGCUCCAGAUACCAGGCCACCCUCUCAAGCCUGAGCCCAUGCCUCAAAAGCCUAAUGGCAAUCUUGUCUCUGGUCUUCCUCCAAAGACCAAAGACACACCCAGCAUGGGGGUUCAACAGGAAGUGGAGCCCAAAGUAAACUCUAAAAGUAAAGGAUAACUUGGCUACGACUGAGGGAUAACACGUUGGGUGUUUCAACUGAUGGGCCUCGACUUGAAGCUUGUACCAUGAUGGUGCUUUUUAUUUUAGAGAAAU